UGUAGCACAUCCAAAGCAUCAAUACUUUUUAAAUUCCCCACUUGCUCUCCCUCUUACCCCCUCCCUCUCUAUUAAUUUUCUCCAAAUCUUAAACACAUCCAAUUUCAAAAACAAUUCUCACACAUCAAGUUAAUUAGUACUUCAAAUGUAUCCUUCAUCAACAUCAUCUUCAAUGAGUCAUAGCAGCAGUGGCCUCACGCGCUACGGUUCAGCUCCUGGUUCAUUUCUAACCACAGCAGUUGAAUCAGUCAUUAAUGCUAACAAUAAUCAUGAUUAUUCUGGUCAAGGAUCUCAUCACUCAUCAUCGCAUAACAUCGGUCCUUCGAGGUAUUUUCAGUCAAGUUUGGCGUCUUCCAAGGAGUCAUUAAAGGAACAAGCGAAUAAUAAUUUACAGAGAUCAUUUGGUUUUAAUGACCUGACAAUGGGCAGUGGCGGCGGUGGUGGAGGAGUUAUGGGGACGAGUUCAACAACGCCGUUGGUGAGACAUAGUAGCUCACCAGCUAGGUUUCUUAAUCAACUCGCUGCUGCUGCUGGUGAUACUACUGGGUUUUCAGUUUCAAUGGGGAGAGGAAGCUACAAUUCAAAAGGCGUAGGAGAUAGUAGCCGGGGAAUAACAAGGCUGAACUCUCAGCUUAGUUUCACUAGGCAAGAAGCUCUCUCUCAAAUAGCAGAGGAAAAUGAGGAUGUUGAAGCGACCAGUACAGACAAUGGCCAUCGAAAAUCAACACAUUCUUAUGCCACUGCAAGUAAUUUCGCAAUGGGUUCUUGGGAAGACAACAAUUCUAUAAUGUUCUCUGUCACACCGAGCAAACGAGCCAAGCACAUUAGCAAUGACAUUGUCAAUGGGCUCGAUGAAGGGGAAACUCAGUUUCAGUUUGGCUUGUCUCAGACAGCACUAGAAAUGGCGUCUAUGGAUAGAUUGCUGCACAUCCCCGAAGAUUCUGUCCCUUGCAAAAUUCGUGCCAAGCGUGGUUGUGCUACUCAUCCUCGCAGCAUUGCAGAAAGGGAGAGAAGAACCAGAAUAAGUGGGAAGCUAAAGAAGUUACAAGAUCUUGUUCCAAACAUGGACAAGCAAACGAGCUAUGCUGACAUGCUGGAUCUAGCAGUGCAGCACAUUCGAACCCUUCAAGAUCAGGUUCAGAAUCUGAAUACAGAACUUGAAAACUGCAAAUGUGGAUGUAAGAAAUCAAGUCAAUAACAGUGCAUACAAAAUGGGAGAAAGCACUUUAGCUGAAGAUUGACCUAAAGGAUUUUUGUCACCAUUGCUUCGUGGAAACUCAAAAUUUGUACAUAAGGAAGCAAUUUUCGUACUAGCUUUUUAACGCCAAAAGUGAACUCUCUUGUCGUUUUUUCUUUUUUUCAGUUAGACCGCGAAUAUGAUUGUUUUGGAUUAUUUCUAGUUUUCUUUUUUCCCUCUAACAUUUAAAUUUUAAUUCAGUUUUGGGUUUAUUUA